UAUAUAUAUAUACAUAAAAUAUAAAAAACAAAAAGAAGAAAAAGAAAAAGGAAAGAAAAUUCACAGCGUCUGAAGAAAGAGAGUGAGAGAGAGAGAGAGAGAGAAAAAGAGAGAGAAGUCAAACUUGUAUCACCGGUUCGUCUUUCGAGGAAGAUCGACGCGCCUCGAGAAUGAAGUUGUGUUGGAGUUUAGCGUCGGUCUUCAUCGUCACGUCGAUGGUCGUCAGCACCGUCAGACCAGAAUCUGUGUUUUGGGAGGAAAACGACAAGGAGAUCCUUGUACGAACUGUACGUGGCACCAAGGAACGAGCAUCCGGCAGCAGCGCCGCUUCGUGCAGAUACGUCAAGGGUCAAUGGUCGGAGUGCGAUUCAAAAACCAACACUCGUUCCCGAACUCUUAGUCUUAAAAAGGGAGACAAAUCUUGUGAACAGACUAAGACUAUUCAGAAGAAAUGCAAGAAAGCGUGUCGGUACGAAAAGGGCACAUGGAGCGGAUGCGUGAAUCAACUAUCGACGAGAGUGGAUAAUUUGAAGGCGAACAGUGAUCCCACUUGCGAGAAGACGCGUUUGAUUACGAAGAGGUGCAAACCGGAGACCAAUACCAAGAAAUCUACCAAAGGAGGCGAACGAUCGAACAAGAAGUCGGGCAAGCAGUAAGAUAAUUUUCUCGUUCAAACGUACCGUGUCCCUUUGUAAAACACAUGGCGAUCAGUAAAAAUCCGACGACGGGCAACGAAAACAAAAAAAAAAAAAAUAAAUUGCAUUCUUAUGUUUCCUCUUCGACGUAUAUAUAUAAAUAUGUUUUAUUAACGAAUGUCGUUAUUAAUAAAUCGCGAGUAUACUUACUACGAUCGAGACAUUGUCGUCGAUCGGUUGAAAUAAUAAUAAUAAUAAUAAUAAAUAAAUAAAUAAAUAAAUAAAUAAAUAAAUAAACGUUUCUGUGUACGCGUACAAUUUUGUUGCGUAAGCAAAAAAAAAAAGAAAAUCAAACAAAACAACACAGAAACGAAUUUUCCCGAUUGUCUAAUAAACAAAUCUAAUGGUCGACAUUAAAAAAAAAAAUCGAUAAAUGCACCUGAUAUCCUAAACGCGUACGUAAGAAGCGAAAAAAAAGAACAAACAAAGAAAUCAAAACAAAAUAAAAAAUCAAAAAAUAAACUCUCACGAUAUCACAUUAAAGAGAAUUAUUAUUAUUAUCUUAUACUAAUCGUGUCGAUCGUAUAGGAUACUACUGCUUCUCUAUACAUACAAUUAUGAUCAACUCUUCCAUUUUCGUGGCCAAAUCUUCUUACUCUGCGAGAUACAUUUUAUAUAUAUAUAUAUUUUUUUCCUUUUUUCUUAAAAUUUCUUCAAUUUUUUUCAACAAAUAAUUAUAUAAUAUAAUACAUAUAUUAUAUAAUAUAUAUAUUAAUAUAAUAUAUAUAUAUAUAUUAAUUAAUUAUUAAUUUUAUUUUUUCUUAAGAGGGAAUUUCUCAAAAACGUUAUUUGAUAUGAGAAAGAGAUAGAGAGAUAGAGGUACCACCGUUAAGUAUCCCUCAAUAAAAUCUUAAAAUCUACUUGACUAUUCGAGUUUUUAAUAUUUCGAAUAUAUUCGGAUAUAUAUAUAUAUAUAUAUAUAUAUAUAUAUAUAUAUAUAUAUAUACGCACACAUACAGAAUGGACUGAAAAUCUCUAAGUGGGCCAAAAGUUCGUAAGUAAUCUUAAAAAUCAAUUACUCUCUUUUUCGAGAUUUCUUAUAUAUAGGCUAACUUUUCUUUUUUUUUUUUUUUAAGAUUGUAAAACUACAAGCUCAGCUUAUAAAACUGGAAGCCUAACUAGAAGCCUAAAAGGUCUCGUAAAGGAAUCCAAUUGAUUUUUAAUAAUCACUUUAGAACUUUUGGACACGCCUUAGGACUUUUGGCCCAUUCUGUACAUAUAUAUAUAUAUAUAUAUAUAUAUAUAUAUAUAUAUAUAUAUAUAUAUAUAUAACAUUUUUAUGACGUUAAUCAUGACACAUCUUUUCUCUGAGUCAAGCAGGAAGAAAAAAAAAAGGUAAAAUUAUGUAUAACAAAAAAAAAAAGAAAUACAAAAUAUAAAUAAUCCCAUUCGAUAAUUUACAAGCAUAUUGAGCACAAUUCUAAGCACGAUAUUAAUUUUUUUUACUGAUCUAUAUUUCGUUUUUUUUUUCUUCUGUUCCUUUAACUUUAAUUUAACGGGGUACUUAAAAUCGGUUUAAAAAUUAAAAAAAAAAAGAAAAAAAAGGAAAACAAAGAAAAAAAUAAAAAUAGGAAGAAAAAAAAAAGAAAGAAAGGAAGAAAAUGCCAUGUUGAAAAUAUUUUCCGACUUUACCGAAUAGCUGUAUGGUGUGUCGAUGUUUAAAAAAAUGAUUGUGUAUAUUUUAUAUAAUAAUAUGCACGAUCUUCGUAAUACAUGGUUACAUUGUCCGCGAUAUGUAUUCUUAAUAUCUCUCACUAUUUUUCGAACACACACACACAUAAAUACACGCGCGCUGACACGCACACACGCACGCACCCAAGCACGCAAACACAAGUGUCUCUUCUAUAAAGUUUCACAAUCGUUGGAAAAAAAAAUAAAUAAAAUAAAAAAUAAUAAAAUAGAAAACCAAAAAAAAAAAA